UGCCAGGAGGGUCUCCUGCAGGACCUGAGUGAUGAUUUCCAGUGGGUUGAAGGGGACGUAUGUGAAGUCCAGCUGAUGGUGUACAACCCCAUGCUGUUUGAGCUUCGAGUGCAGAACAUGGGACUGCUGACCAGUGGAGUGGAAUUCGAGUCGCGCCCUGCAGCGCUCUCCCUUCCGGCCGAGUCUGGUCUGUACCUGGUGACGCUCGUAGGGGUCCCACAGACGACUGGAAUGAUCACCGUGAACGGUUACCACACCACCGUCUUUGGUGUUGUCAGUGACUGCCUGCUGGACCAACUCCCGGGAAUAAAGACCAGCAGCUCUACCAUGGAAGUCAUCCCCACUUUGCCAAGACUGCAAAUCAGCACCUCCCUGCCCAGGUACCCGGGGCUGCUGACCAGUGGAGUGGAAUUCGAGUCGCGCCCCGCAGCGCUCUCCCUUCCGGCCGAGUCUGGUCUGUACCUGGUGACGCUCGUAGGGGUCCCACAGACGACUGGAACGAUCACCGUGAAUGGUUACCUCAAGACCGUCUUUGGUGUUGUCAGUGACUGCCUGCUGGACCACCUCCUGGGAAUAAAGACCAGCGGCUCUACGGUGGAAGUCAUCCCCACUUUGCCAAGACUGCAGAUCAGCACCUCCCUGCCCAGAUCGGCACACUCAUUGCAGCCUUCCUCUGGUGACGAGAUAUCUACCAACGUGUCUAUGCAGCUAUUCAAUGGAGAGACUCAUCAACUCGUCAUCACCUUAGAAAACAUUGGCCUGGAACCCCUGGAGACACUGCAGGUCACCUCCAAACUGCUCCCCACCAAGGAGAAACUGUAUGGCAACUUCCUGAGCUGGAAGCUGGAAGAAACCCUCGCCCAGUUCCCCCUGCAGCCUGGGCAAGCAGCCACCUUCACUGUCACCAUCAAAGUGAACCUGGACUUCUCCUGCCAGGAGGGUCCCUUGCAGGACUUGAGUGAUGACUGCACACACGGAGGAGAAGGCAGAAGCUUAGAGAAACACCAAGAAUCCCUCUGUGUUCUGUUCCAGCCUGUCCAAGGUUCUGACACCUCAUAUCUCCUACAGUGAUUCAGACUACAGCCUGGAGGUGAGAGUGAGGG